AUGUACACGUUAAAGAAAGCUAGUCUUCGAAUUGAUGAAUCGUAUUUAAAAUGUAAAAAUGGAUGUGACUAUUAUGGUAAUGAAGAAUGGGGUGGAUAUUGUUCAAAAUGUCACUGGGAAAGGAAAAAGGAAGCCCGGUUAGAAGUUGUAGAAAGGGGAGCAUUGAAAGAAAAGCAGCAACAAUCUCCCUUAGGUUUUGCUAAGUUUGAAGAAAAGAAACGUUAUCAGUCAGAUAAGAAAGCAAAACUGUUGAAAGUUUUUGCCAAGUCUCCAAAUUCUAAAGAUAGAGGUAAACCAGAAUCACUUUUUGGACCAGAGACGGGAGAGGCAGAAGCUGUUCAUGCUGAAUAUCAAGAGCUUUUUUCGAAAGUUGGUGCCAAAGUAGAAACUGACAUUCAUAAAUGUAUUCGGAGUUUUUACAAAAAACUGUUAAGUGAUGCUGAAAAUCCUUUAACAUCUAUCGAUGAGUUGUCGGAACGAGCUCAAAACUUUUAUCAGAUUCUCACUGCCCGGCUUGAUGAAGAAAAUUGUUAUAGAGGUUUGAGCAGUGAAGAAAAAGAACAACUGAUUGACUAUGCUGAAAAAUACGCCAUGACUUGUCUUUAUAGAAUAUUGUUUUGCCCUGCAACAACAACCGAUGAGGAUAAAGAUCUUUAUAUUCAAAAGAGGAUAAGACAAUUAAAUUGGGUUAGUGCUAAACAUUUAGAUUGUGGCAUAGAUGAGACGAGUACUGAAGUCCACGAUUUGGUUUAUAGUUCCAUUACAGAAUUACUUGGAAUGGAUUCGACAAAAGCACCUCAAGACAAACUUGGUUGUGUGAUGCGUUGCUGUAGAAAGAUUUUACAUCUAAUGCAAAAAUGUGUUGGUGGUCCCACCUCAGCUGAUGAUUUUCUUCCUGCUUUGAUAUUUGUUGUUUUGAAAGCCAAUCCUGCUCGGUUGAAAAGCAAUAUUAACUAUGUUACAAGAUUUUGCAAUGCGAGUAAGCUGAUGUCUGGUGAAGGAGGCUAUUAUUUUACGAACUUGUGUUGCGCAGUUUCAUUCAUAGAAAAUUUGACUUAUGAGUCACUUAAUAUGCCAGAAGAUGAGUUCAACCAAUACAUGUCAGGAAAAAUUAUACCGUCCGGAACUUGGGAAUCUGCUCUUAUCAUGUGUGAAGGUAUGCAUUUAAUUAAUGAAAAUCUGACAAUAUUUGGAGAUUUAAGGAAAAGACAUGCUGCUAUCAUGAUGGAAAUUGAAGCUUUAAAAGACGAAAUGAUAAAAUUUCAGGAUGAGAUGUUGGAAAGGGUUUCUGAUUUGCGAGAAAAUGUGCCUCUUGAGCUGCGCCCAAUCAGAGAACCUAUGGACAUUGAUGCUGAAGAUCCUGCUAUUGCUGAUUUACCUCCUCCGUUGUCUCCACAGAUUGUUGAAGAAAGAGUGCAACAACCCAGACCACGAUCCCCACGACAAGAUAGUCCAGAGUGGCAAAUACCUUCUUAUCCAGAUGAAGCCCUUGUAACAGUAAAUUACGACAUAGAUCUGUCAGAUCUAUCAGGCGGGGAGGCCAGUCAAGCUGAUGAUCAACCAAUGCAUCACUCUCUAGAUACAGGGUCUGUGGCUUCUUUGGACUUGUUCAGAACCUCACCACCGCCACUUCCACCUAGUAAUUUAUCUUUGCUUGAUAGUAAUCAGAUUUCACCUAGCCUCCCUUCUCCUAUUAAACCUUUGCAAUCUUCUUCUUCACCUUAUCAGGGUUUCUCAUCACAAGGUUGGCAGAUUCCGAGCAUCCCAUGUGAUACUGGCACGUCGUGCUUUGAGGAGAGAUCACAAAAGCAUCUACACGAGCAAGGGCAGCAGCAGCUACAACAUCAACCUGUUCAGCAGAAUAACGUGCCGGCCCAAGAUCAGGAGAACAGUUUAGGAGUCAAGAUUCUUGGCAACACAUUGGAAGCACUAGACAGUCUUUUGUAA